GGCUUUCUUCUUUCUAGUUGAAAAUAAGAAUGACAAAAAAUCUUCAUGGAAAAAAUUUACCAGUUUUUGAUUUCACUUGUUAUUAUUGUUGUUGCAUCACCCCUGAUCAACUGGUAUAUUGAUCGCAAUGAGGCUAAGAAGUUUGAAGAAGUCAAAAUCUGGUUGGCCAAGCAUAACUUUAAAAAGUAUGCAGAUGAAUUCCAAAAGGCUGGCUACACAUCAUUGAUCAAAGUGGGGAACCUUACAAAAGAUGACAUUGAGAAUGUAGUGUCAAGUUCGUGGUCAUUCUUGCAAUCACAGUCAUCAAAAGUGGAUGAUAUUUUUAAGUCUACACAGGAACUGAAGUUAAAUUUGCAAUUUGAAUAUUGGUUACAUGUCAACAGGCUUAAAGAUUUUAAGAAUACAUUUAAAAAAAUGAAUAUUUAUACUUUAAAACAAGUGUUAGAAAAUACUGAACAAUUAAAAAAGAUAAAGAAACUAUCAGAUUCUGGUGUCUUUUCUACGUUGCGUCACAAUGAUAUUGAUGGAUAUCCAUUAGGCGAGAGAGAAAGUGUAUCAUGGUUCUAUUUACAUUUCUACUGGACAUGGACAUGGAGUGUAACUGCAGCUAAAUAUAUUUUACUCUUUGUGGUACUAUCAAUCUGUGCAACUUCUAUUUUCAUUGCACUGCUUUUUUACUAUGUGGCAAACAACGUUACCCAUGAAGCUGUUGCAGCCUUUAUUCGGAGAAUUUUUACACACACUGGUGGAGGACAAGGGACUCGAAGAACAGCAACAACAACAGCAGCAACAACAACCAUUAAUUGGUUUAUGAACUUGGGAGAUCUUUUCAGACGGUCACAACCUAUAAACAUAAGAAGAAACAGAGAUGAAAGUAAUGACAUUGGAAUGUUAUCCAGUUUAUUUGGAACGUAUUUCGAUGCCAAAAAAAGUACAAUUACCUGGAAUAUGGCAGACGAGGUAGCAGUAGUUGGAAACGAGGUUGUAAUGACAGUUCAGUUCUUUAGACACAAUGGGUUACAAUUUCCUGCAUCAGAAUUAGAAAGUCUCAAAUGUGAAGUGUUAAAUGAAGUGACCAUGAUUCAGUGUCACAUCAAUAACAAGGAAGAUAAAAAUACUGUGACUAUCCAUUUCACCCCCAUCAAAGCUGGUCAGUAUAAUAUAUCCAUUUUAGCAAAUGGAUCGCAUGCUGGUAAAUCUCCAUACAAGAAAGUAUUUAAAGCAGCUUGUAUUGAUGCACAAAAAAGCAGUCUUCAUUUACCCAGCUCAUUGCUUGUUUUGCAGCAAUGUGUACAAGAACUUAUAAUGUUUGAUGAGCGAGACAAAUAUGGUAACAUAUGUUUAUCUAAAGUGGAAGAGUUGUACAAGUAUCAAUUUUCCAUAACUGAGAUGAAAGAAAAUGGUCAGAAGAUUUCACCAAUGUUAUCAUUUAUAAGUAAUGACGCAAAUGCCAACAAUAGAAAUAAAGCAUGGCUGACAAUUUCACAACCAGGAGUGUAUCUGGCCAAUGUGUUUUACGAUAACGAGAUUUUGAGUGACAACAUUGUCUUACUGGUUCUAACAACUUCAGAGUUCCAUGAAGUUUUGAAGAAUACUGACACACCGAGUUGGAGCCUUUGGUAUGAAGCAUACACAAAACAAGACCAAGAUGGAUCCAAAAACAAUGGAAGACAAAAUAGUGUAUCAAGCCAACUGGGUGAUGCAAAACGAAAGAAAGUUUAUUGUUUCAUUAAUUCAAAGCUUUUGACGAUCAAGGAAUAUUACUGGAAAAUAUUUCCUAAAAAUUUAUAUACCUUUCGCAUCAAACCGUCACUUAAGAUUUCUUUAGCAGACGAUACUUGUGAUGGAACAGAGCUGAAGGGAUUUCGUAUUGAAACAAACUGCGAAAAAAAUGUGGAAUUGUUUUCUAGAAAGAGAAAUGUACUGGUGGCUACUUUAGUUAAAUUCUUGCUAAAAAAUAUAGGCGGUUCUGAAUGUUUUGAAAACAAGAAAAGUUAUUUCUACAAAGAAUUGCAUGAUCUUCAUACAGUGAAAUCACAGAUGAGUGUUGCUAUCAAAGUGAAAAGACAGAGUGUCUUGCAUGAUACUUUUCGCGCCGUCAAAUCAUUCUCGCGUGGCGAUUGGUGGAAAAAACUGAAUAUUUCAUUUGUAGGCGAGCUAGGACUGGACUAUGGCGGGUUAACAAGAGAAUGGAUUCAUGUUUUGAUUGGAGAGUUAUUUCAUGCUGACGGUGCUUUAUUUCGAAGGUUCAACAAAGAUGACCAACAAGCUUUAAUUCACCCAAAUCCAUUUCGCAAAGAGAAGUAUCAGAAAAUAAAAUUUUUUGAACUAGCAGGUCAAAUAGUAGGAAAAUGUUUGGUGGAGUGCUCGUGUGGACAAGUCCGUCAACAGUAUGUUAAAGCACGGUUCACACGAUCGUUUCUUUCGCAAUUACUUGGACUGGGCGUGAGUUGGAGGCAUUUUGAGACUGACGAUAAGGAAUACUAUAGUGGAAAAAUUAAAUACAUCAUUGAGAACGAUCCACAAUAUUUAGACCUUACGUUCACUGAAGAUGUGUAUGAUAAUGAUAACAAACUUGUUAAGACUGUCGAUUUGAAACAUAAUGGUUCCAAGAUCGAAGUGACAGAGUCAAACAAAAUGGAGUACAUACAGCAACUAGCUGAAUACAGACUUUAUGAAAGUGUUAAAGAAGAGAUUACUCUCUUUUUAAAAGGUUUAAACUCGAUCGUACCGGAAGGUUUGCUGUCUAUAUUCGAUGAAAACGAACUCGAGUUAUUAAUUUGUGGUAUGGACGGUAUUAGUGUUGCCGACUUAAAAGCCAACUGCGUUCAAGCUGGUUCAAGCAGACAAUUUCAUAUUGUUUGUGAAUGGUUUUGGACUGUAAUAUCUAGUUUCAAUCAAGAGGAAUUAGCGCGAUUACUUCAAUUCACAACAGGAUGUUCUCAGCUGCCUCCAAACGGAUUCGCAGGUUUAGUUCCCACCUUUCAAAUCACAUCCGCAGGUGGAACGGACACAUUGCCAACAGCUCACACGUGUUUUAACAAUUUGUGUCUGCCUCAUUAUUCAUCCAUGGAAGAACUGUGGAAAAAACUCUUAUUAGCAAUAACAGAAGGUUCUGAAGGAUUUGGUAUGAUGUGAAUUUUAAUGUGAAUGUAGUUAGAUAUGAUAAUAAAUUUUACGGCUAGUGUGUUUUUCUAUGUAAAGAAGUUAAAAAAUACAAAUGGGUUAAUAGAAAGAAAUAUUCUUCUAGAAAAUUUCACUUUUUUGAUCGCCUCUCAAAACAGGUUCGUUAAAAGUGCGUAAAUAAAAUAUUUCAUAAGAUUGGGCUGGAACACACGUCCGCACCUUGAAUAUCCACCAUUCUCCAAAGAAAAAACUUAAUAUAAAUAAAAUUCUGUUUAAGUAUAAGAUACCUGUCGCUUUUAAAUAUUUCCCUUCCCGUCACUUUGAUUACCUGAAGGGAAUUUAUUUUCGUGAAAAAAUGUUUUAAAAUUAAAAUUUAAUUUUUGCGAGAACUAAUUUUUGCGAAGUCAGCAAGUCGUUAUAUUUCACACGAAUUAAAUUUUGCAGAAAAAGAAUUUGAUGAUAUUUGUUUUUCAAUGUACACCGUUUUUGAGGACUUAGGAUAAAGUAAAGAUUGUUGAAGUUGAAAUUCACAUACAAAUUAUAUGUAAUUCUUGGUAAAUCAGGAGAAAAAAAUAGUAUAAAUCGUUUUUACACUAAUUUUGUAAUUAAUUUUCGCGAAUUUGGCCAAUAACGAGUUUUCCAAUAAUUUUCACGGGAACUAAUUUUCGCGAAAUGGACGAAAACUCGCGAAAUUCUCGAAAAACCCAUUCCCGCGACAUUAAUUCCCUUAAGGUUCAAUGUUAUUUUAAAUCUUAUUUACAUGCGUCUCAGUUUGUUGUUUCUGCGAUUUUUUUAUUAAUUUUGCGUGAACGUACUUUUGUUAAACUUAAAAUAACAUCUCUCUGUCCGGAUUUUCUCUACAAUAACGAGACAACAACUCAUUUUAAAACUAGACGCGUUUUAAUUUUACAGCAAAAAUGCACUUCAGUGUUUUUGUAGUAAAUAAGUAUGCAGUAUGUAACUUUUAAGUAACUUCUGUAGCAUUUUUAUGUAUAUUUUAUUUAUAAUUUGUAGAAUAUAUAAAAAGAAAUAUAGCAAUCGAUUUAUCGAGAUGGUUUUCCUAAGAAUAAAAUAAUUGAAUUACUCGAUUUUA